CGCUCCGCCUGCCGCCGGGCUGCAGGAACCCCCAUAGCUAAUGUCAGAAGAAAGUGACUCUCUGCGAACCAGCCCCUCUGUGGCCUCACUCUCUGAAAAUGAGCUGCCACUGCCUCCACCUGAGCCUCCCGGCUACGUGUGCUCACUGACAGAAGACUUGGUCACCAAAGCCAGGGAGGAGCUUCAGGAGAAGCCCGAGUGGAGACUCCGGGAUGUGCAGGCCCUUCGAGACAUGGUGCGGAAGGAGUACCCCUACCUGAGCACGUCGCUCGAUGAUGCUUUCCUGUUGCGCUUCCUGCGGGCCCGAAAGUUUGAUUAUGACCGGGCCCUGCAACUGCUGGUCAACUACCAUGGCUGCAGGCGGAACUGGCCGGAGGUCUUCAGCAACCUGAGACCUUCAGCCCUGAAAGAUGUUCUUAACUCUGGAUUCCUCACAGUGCUGCCCCACACGGACCCCAGGGGCUGCCACGUCCUCUGCAUCCGACCAGACAGAUGGAUACCGAGCAACUACCCAAUCACUGAGAACAUCCGAGCCAUAUACUUGACAUUAGAAAAACUCAUUCAGUCUGAAGAGACCCAAGUGAACGGAAUUGUAAUUCUCGCAGACUACAAAGGUGUCAGCUUAUCAAAAGCAUCUCAUUUUGGCCCUUUUAUAGCCAAAAAGGUGAUUGGCAUCCUUCAGGAUGGCUUCCCCAUUCGGAUAAAAGCAGUCCACAUAGUGAACGAACCUCGGAUAUUCAAAGGCAUUUUUGCCAUCAUAAAACCAUUUCUGAAGGAGAAAAUUGCAAACAGGUUCUUUCUCCAUGGGUCUGACCUGAACUCUCUCCAUACAAGCCUUCCAAGGAAUAUCCUCCCCAGAGAGUAUGGGGGCACAGCUGGAGAGCUGGACAUUGCCACCUGGAAUGCGGUGCUGCUGGCAUCAGAGGAUGAUUUUGUAAAAGAGUUCUGCCAGCCUGUGCCUGCCUGUGACAGUUUCCCGGGCCAGCCACUGCUACCCGAAGGACUGAUCUCAGAUGCACAGUGUGAUGAUUCCAUGCGAGCUGUGAAGUCCCAGCUCUACUCCUGCUAUUAGCUCUCUUCUGGGAGAGUCAUCGUGUAUAAUUCCUUCAUUCCUUAGAAACGCACAAGGCUGAAGAUGCCGAGGCCUCAGUCUUGCUCCAUCAUUACGCAGCAACAGAGCUGCCUAUAAAGAUUAAAGGGUGAGCCCACCACAGGCAGACCAUUGGCUAUCUGCAUUAUUCCAGGGAAGACAUGGAAAUUGCCCUGGUGAUUCCCAAAUGUUUGCAACUGCUAGUCUGGAUAAGCUGUCUGUAUCUGUUUCUUACAUAUCUUGGAAGCAACCAGGGUCAGAGUCACUCUGAAGUAACUAGGAGAAGACAAGUGGAUUGAUCAUGACUCUCAAACAAUUUGGUCACAACUCUGAAGCAGUUUGCCAAUCCUGAAAGAUGGCCACACGUGAAACUGUUAAGAGUCUCUUUCCCCAAUAACCCUAGGUGUUGACCUCUGUUGCUCAUCAGCAAGAUUCAAGGUUCAGGCCCUAGCUGUCAUCACUGGACCUAGAAAGCACUAUAAACUGAGCAGUACAAAUACCAGGACCCAGGCAGUAGUUAUAGAUCAAAUUUGGAAGCCAGGUGCUUCAGAGCAUCCCUGGGAUUCCAGGGUUGAAUCUUGCAAUAGAAACUUUUCCCAAACCCAUAAAGCCUUAGCUCUGGUUCUCCAUGGGAUCAUACUGGUCAACUAAAAUACUGGAUUUCCAGACUAUGUGAGUAACACAUUUGGACUAGGAGCCAGGUGUGUAGCUGGACAAGACAUGAACCUCGGCUUUGUCAUUUCUAAAGCAAGCUACAUGGGAUGGUUCUUUGAGGCUGCUGAAAUUGUUAGGUUUUCUGCUUGCAAAGAUGACCACCUAGAGGUGGUUGGGUUUUGGUUUUGUGGUAUGUACACAAACCUUAUGUAAAGGAGCAUCACCAUUUGGCUGUGCCUUUGGUGGUAACCAACUGCCUUUGUAGAAUGAUGGGUGACCUUGAAAGGAAUGGCUUUUGUGAGGCUGACCAAAUCUUGUACAAACCCUUCCACCCUGGAGACACUAGCAAUAUAUCAGAAACAGUCACAGUAAUGGCCAGCUUUGGGCUUCUUCUAUUUUUGUCUCUGGAAACACACUGGGCCAGGUUGUUGCUGGUUUACCUGGGGCCCAGCAGGCUGUCUAGUGUGGAUGAACCAGUUGGCCAGAAUGUUAGUUUUGCAUUUAGGCACUUUAGACACCUGUCAAAAUUUUAGCCUUAACCCAAGCUUUGAGGGAAUUAUCUCCUGGUUUUUGACCUGUUUCCUUUGGUAUUCUUAGGGUAUUAUGAUGUUAAAUAGCGUCAACUACUGUUGGUUGUGUACUUACUAGAGUAAGCAGGCAUUCCAUAGGGCUUACAGAUGUGGCUUUGAGACUCAAAGGUUGGUCAAUUGUUACUAAAUUUCCUAAAACAUCUGCAGAAGUUCUUAAUUGAAACUUACCACAAUAAUGCCAAUUCUGGGGAACAUUCUUUUCACCAUAGAUGCUAAUCCUUGAUCUUUUAGAUCCUGGCUGAGCUUAAGUGCCAAAACACACCUGUCUUGACUGCCCAGAGACCAUUUACUACUAAGUUUGUGCUAUUUGGUUUAGCUCCUGGCAGGUUUUCUGCCUACAGGGAUGACCACUCACACACCUGGAAAAACCAUGAUGGCUCUGAACCCAGCAACCUGGGCAAGAGACUAUAUAUUAACAACAGCUUUCUUAGGUCCUAAAGAGGAAGAGAGCACAAGAAAAAAAGACAAAAGGGCAUUGGUGGCGCACGCCUUUAAUCCCAGCACUCAGGACAGGCUCCAGAGCUACAGAGAAACCCUGUCUUGGGGGGGGGGGGGAGACAAAGGGAAAGAUGAAUUUCUUCCCUGGUUUAAAUCCUGUCACGUGAUUAGCUAGUUCCUUGUUUAGCAAAGGACAGCCAGGCUCACUGGGAAAAAUCUCAGAGCAAAAAGCACCCAGUUUGCUAGGUCUUUCUGAUUAGGCCAAACGGGAGCCAUUCCAUCAAGCCUGAGAGCGUGGGUCUGCUGUCCCCCCAGUUGUUCUGCUGCCUGCUGACUCUAAAGAUCAGUCUUGGCACCUCUGGUUUGAAGCCUCUGAGAGGCCAGGACCUCCUGGUGUAAAAUAAAGCAGCUCGUGCACUGAGCAAGAAGGGCAGCAAAGCUUCAGUUGAGGGGAACACUGGUAGAGGCAUCAAGUGAGCAAGACCUUAGGGGUAAAGUAUCUGACUUUAAAGUUUUAGACAUUUUACAGAUAGCUAAAAAUGAACUUGUCCUAAAAUUCAAGGUUAUAUGGUGUUGGGAGGGAAAAGCUAUAGUGAAAUAGAAGUGGGUCCCAGCUUUAUCUUCCUACUUGGUCUUGAAUGUUCCACUUGGCACCCUUGAUCACUGGACAGAGGCUUGUACACUUAACUCUGAAUCCUGUUCCUAAUUGGUUCUCUGGCCAUAAGGGUACUCUUCUCUGCUUUUUAAAAACAAGGUCAUUUAAGAAUGUAGGUCAAGUAAAUUGGUGCUGCAAUAUGCUAGUGUAGGGAUAUGGGAGUUUUCUUCUCUUGCCCAAGUCCACUACAGACUUCCACUAAAUUCUGAUCCCUGAAACCUAUUGUUCCUUCAUGGAGGGAUACAGAUAAAAUCUACAGCAACAACCAGAAGGGCUGGCUUCACACCUUUGCUUUCUCUGGGCACAGGCCGGUUAAACCACUCUCAUCUCAUCCUAGGUUUGUAAGCACCUCAGGUUACAAGGUUUCUUCAGAAAUGCAGGCAUUCCCUCUGAAUAUCUGGGACAGCCUUACGAUCCAGCAGGCAGUUUGGCGGAUGUCAUUUCAUCCUCAUCAUUCAUGGACCUUGCUUUUUCAUCCGGGCAGCAAUGGCUACACUGCUGUUGUGGCGCUACAAUACCUCAUCUUGAAGUCAUGCACUUCAGGUUUUCCUGUGGAGAUUUCCUUUAGAAAGGAAAACGUUCACUUGAUGUAUGUGUAGCUAUCCUAUGGUCAUGUCAGGCUGCAACACCAAUGGGUUGCUCAGGACAGCCAGCUAUCUUGCUAAGGCGCUCAGUAUUGCCAUCUGUUCACUCUGUAAAUCUCAAGCAAAUUUCUUUCUGCUCUCCCAACUCAGAAAUGCUCAGUUCAAACACAAGAAGCGCCACCAAAUACUUCUCCAUGGGAGCUAGCUCUGCAGGAAGGCUCAGUGUGACUUGCAGUUGGAGACGACUACAUGUUUAUAGGUUUUCGAUUACUUGGGGUUCUGUGUGUGUGUUUUCAAUCUCUCUGGAGGCUUUUUCCAUUAGGCAGUUAAGUGGUGGCUGCUUUGGAGUCUCCUGGAUGUGCCUCGGCUUCUUGGCAUAGCACACAGGAACCCAACUGGUAAAUACUUGAAACUUCCCAGUGGCCAAGACCUCCAAUACUCUUCUGACCGGUGGGAAUGGGGGUGUUUUUCUGAGCAGUCUAGGUAGGCUACUGUUAGCCCGUGGUCAUGUUCCUUACUUCAAACUGAAAUUCAGUUUGACUUUGAGUUUAGGCACAUGUGGUGGAUUCAUCUACUUCAGUGUUUGUUUUGACCAAAAGUUUAUUUUUCUAGUGCAUUUUUCUAAGUGGUGAAAAUAUGUAAUUUUAGUAUGCAUGACUGGAUCUCCAACAAUAAAAAUCUCUGAAAGGC